UAAUGCCGUACCGUCUUGUGAAAAUUAUAAAAAAAAAAAGAGAAAAGAAAAAAAACGGACACAUUGGUUAAUAUAGUGUUACACAGUAACUUAAAAAGACGGGGUGGUCAUGGCUGGGACGCUAUUGCCAAUAGGGUCUUCUGAGUCAGGAUUGAACUGAGAUUGAACGGGAUCGUGUUAGUACGAUAAUAACGUAGGAAGUAAAUGUUAUCAAGGGAGAUCAUUCAGACGGCAUAUUAUCAUAUAAUUGGUGGCUGGGAGUCACACGGUGCUUGAUUUGCUUUGUGAGCAUCAUGUUUGACAGAUAUCUCCAAUCAUUCCACAUUUUUUCACCUUAUUCCGUUCUUUCAUCUUCUAAUUAUUCUUGCUCUAUAUCUUUGUCAUCGAGGAGCAAAUCGAAACCUCGUCCGAAUUUCUCGGUGCUUGUAUCAACGGUGUUCUUGCUCGUAUCUUCGCUGUCAUCGUUUGCAGUGAGAGGAGCAGAUGCCAGUGAUGAUGUUGAAGAAUUAUGCCAGCAGUUAGGCCCUUGUAAAUGCAGAAUGGCCAACGAAACAGGUGAGAUAAAUCUGAAGAAUGUCGCCUUCUUCAACGGUAAACCACGUUUCGUUAUUGCUCUCAACGAGUCCUUCUCCGUGGCCUACAACCCUUGCGUUGGAUUUACGUUGGCACCGGGUCCUGAUGUUUCCGAUAAGUGCAAAGAUGCAGCUGUGUGUGUCUUCAAAGUGUCCGACAAGAACACUUUCUACAGAAACAGGGGUCAGUCGAAGUCAGCCAAGUUCCAAUUUGACCAAGAAUCCAGCAAAUUCUUCAUAAGUUAUACGUCUCCAGAUCAACUGUUCAAAACUCAUGUGUACCUCCAGUGCAGCCCCGUCGACCAACUGAGUGUGAUCAAGUCCAGAGAAGCUAACCAAUCCCUCUCCCUGUUACUGCAGUCUGUCUGUGCAUGUCCAGGGGGCUGUACCACACCUCACAAUUCCUUCAGUCCUGGAUCCUACAUAGUCAUCGUGUUCUUCUCAAUCUUAUUCAUAUACCUUUCUUUAGGAGUUCUCUAUAAAAGAAUUGUCUACUCAGCAGAAGGAACCGAACUGGUACCAAACCGAGAAGGAUGGGCUUCCUUUUUCACUCUAGUCAAAGACGGUUACUUGUUUUUCAUCAGUCCCUGCCUUGGUAACACCAUUGACUAUCGAUAUUACCAGCGACUCUGAAGAACACCAGUCAGUUUCUCCCACCCACAAAUAUAUGUAUGUAUAUAUAUAUAUAUAUAUAUAUAUAUAUAUAUAUAUAUAUAUAUAUAUAUAUAUAUAUAUAUAUAUAUAUACAUGCUAAUAUCAAACUGUGAGAAUGAGUGUUCAACACUGCAUUGGUGGAUAAAUAUUCAUUUGUGGGUUAACAAGGCUAGAGAUGGGUUCAUGUGAAGUGGUAUUCCCAUUCAAAAAUGGAGACAAGUAGCAACACUUCCAUGUGACAUGCUUGAACAAUUGUGAAGACCUCCUAGCAUGAAACCAUUGGUAGCCUUGCAAACACACAAAUAAAAGAAAACUAUGAAUGUAUAUAUAUAUAUAUAUAUAUACACACACACAUGCAUUUUGGUAUUGUUCUGGUUGUUAUUGUCUGAUCUGUAUCAUUUUAUAUAUUUUUGUUUGUUAUUACCUGCUGUUAUUCUUUAACUUGCUUAAUAUUUCUGUUAAUCUAUGCAUAUGUCCAUGUCUGUGUGUAUAAAUAUCUGUAUGUAUAUAUAUGUUGUUGACAUCAGAAGAAUUUAUAAACCUUCAAGGAGAACAAGAAAUAAUUCAGAUUUGGAACAGUGAUAACAGCAUGUAAAUGAUGGGUUGCAACAUUCCUCUUAGAUAGAAAAAAGUCAAAGGCCGCUAUAAUCUUUAGCUUUAUGUGCUUUGAGACCCGCUGUUCCUAAAAAAGAAAAUAUAUUUAUGUAUAUCUGCAGAUGUUUGUAUGGAAAGAAUGAUGUCUCUCUUUCAAAAAUCUAGUCUUAAUUCAGCUUUUGUUGCUCUCAGUCUUUCAUAUAAUUCCAAAAACAAAACUGAACAAAUCCUGUACAUGUAUUUUAAGUCUUAUAUGUCACAUUAUAGUAGUUUAUGACUGGGAAGUAGUGUGGGGGUAGAGAAGGGAUGGGAAUGUGUGCCACUGUGCUGGACCACAUCAUUGAACAUCAUGGCACAAUGCAUUCAUUAAAACCAUGUGUACGUGACACAAAAAUUAUUUGAUACAGCUUUGUUACAAAGAUCAAAUUUACUGUUAGUUUCAGAUUGUGUUGUAAUAUGCCAGCUACAGCUUGUGUUACACUGUGCUAGUUACAGCUCACAAUACACUGUGCUAGUUACAGCUUGUGAUAUACUGUGCUAGUUACAUCUUGUGUCACACUGUGCCAGUUACAGCUUUUCACAGUAUAUUUCAUAUUAAAAUCUCUCAAUAUUCCUGUAUACUCCUUAUCAAAGCCUCUUUCACAGUACAGUAUAAACUAUAUUACAGCCUGUCACAGUACAGUGUAAGCUAAUAAAGCCUCUGUCACAGUACAAAUUAUGCAGUUUAGAUUUAUUGUAAAAUUGUGCUGAUAGAAGUGUGUGUUGAUGUAAUUAAAGUUUUUGCCUCUGUAUAGAUUAUAUUUUGUGUCACACUACACUGCAAGGAAUACAGGCCAUGUCACACCAUAUCGCAAGAUAUGUAUAUAUGCGUUUCGCACCAUAUGUCACAAAACAUAGGGCAUGUCACCUCACAUACAUGGCAUAAAAUAUAGUUUGUAUUAGAGUCUGCACAUAAUAUAGGCUGUGUCACAACACACAUUUUAGACCAGUGGUUCCCAAAGUGGGUGGUAUCACUCCCCCCCCCAUGCUAUUUCCCCUGCUCCCAUCCCACCAAUAAACGAUUGUUUCUUAUUUCUUAUUGGUUAGGUUUUUUUGUUGUUAUGUUUUUCUAAUGGAAGAUCACACAAGAAAACAACAAUCUGUUUGUGGGGUGGGUUUUAUGUGGUCACAGGACCUGCUGGUUAAAUCAGCCAAGUUAUUUCAAAUCAUGUCUUAAUCUUAAAAAAUAAAGGUCACAUUGGACAAUUUAAUCCAAGAUAUACCUAGAAGGAAAAAAAAAAACAUAUCUAGGACUACAUUAUACAACAAGUCCUUGUUUGUGGUGUGUGGCUUUGAGGUUAGGGGUGUUGGAUUCAUGAUCGUAAGAUUGUGGUUUCAAUUCUUGGACAGGGUGAUGCAUUGUGUUUUUGAGCAAGACACUUCAUUUCACAUUGCCCCAGUCCACUCAACUGGAAAAAAUGAAUUAAUCUUGGAAGGGACUGGAGUCCCAUCCAGGUGGGGAAUUUAUCCACCAGGAAAAUCAGGGAAACUGACCCUUAUGAGUCGAGAAGGGAACUUUACCUUCCUUGUUGUUUAACCCCGGGUUAGAUCUGAUCCAGUAGAAUUAUGAUCAAAAGUAUUCCACUUAAGACCAUCUUGUCUUAUAUCUAGACAUUGUAUACCUCAGACUAACAGAUGUAUUCCUUUGUGUGUUCCAACCCAAAGGCUGUGGCCACACUGAAGCAAUGCCAUUUAAAAAUAAAAAUUGACACUUGGAAUUGAACUGGAAACCUUUGUAUGAUCAAAAUUGUUCCAAGUCUGACCAUCCUGCCUUUUAUUCAACCAUAGUAUAUCUAGGGCUAUAUUGUCUUAAUGUAUCCUUCCUUUUUAAGACAAACAGUAAGAUAUGAUGUGAGGGUUAUUUGGCUGCAAUUUCUAGCAGAUCUAAAGAAUAAGUAGUAAACUCUACUUGUCUCCUUGCAGAAGUUGACACAAAGUACCAGUAAUUUCCUGAGGUCAGAGUAAAGUCAAUUUAAUCAACCAUUCCUGCCACUCUUUCUUUCUCCUAAAUUAUGAAGGAAUUCAAUACUUUUAGUUGAACAUAUUUUCCCUUUUCUUUUUUAAAAUUGUUUUUGUUUUUCAUUUAUUUUAUAUUUUGGCUUAUUGUCAACACCCCUCCCCCUUAUUUAUUUUAUAAUUUUUUUUUAAUAUUUUCCCUUAGAAAAACUUUUGCAAUUUUUCUUCACUGGGGUCAAUGUAAUCAACUUUCCCCACUCUCCCAAGAUUGCUGGCUUUGUGCUGAAAUAUGAAACCAAUGUUUAUUUUUCAUUUUACAUAAUUCUUUGUUAACAACAUGUUGCCAAGCUUUGGGCUACAUUAAUAAAGACUGUUUUUCAUGUCAAUACUUCUAUAUUCAUAUUCUAAAUGGAAAAAACUCGUUUAAUUUUAUAUUUUUGAAAAUAUUUUUUGAUUUUUCUUAUUUGUUUAUAUCACCCAUUUUUGUUUAUCCUUUUUUUAAUAUUUAACCCUUUUGUUACCAUAUUUAUUUUGAGACGCUCUGUAUUUCUUUCAAUUAAUUUUAAAUAACAAAGAAUUUAAUAAAAUAACUUCGUUAUCAUUAAGCAAAUGUUAGGAACAUAAAUUGUUACUAAGGUUUGGUGGAAGAUUUUAAUUCAAAACUUAGGAAAGCAAGAUAUUUGUACUACAGAGCCAGAGGUGAUUUCAACCAGGUUGGUAUCAGAAGGGUUAACAACACAUCUCCAAGCUUUGGGCCACAUUAAUAAAGACUAUUUUUCAUGUCAGUGCUCCUAUAUUCAUAUUCUAAAUGGAAAAAAAAAACUUGUUUAAUUUUAUAUUUUUGAAAAUAUUUUUUUGAUUUUUAUUAUUUAUUUGUAUCACUUAUGUUUGUUUAUCCUUCUUAAUAUUUAUUUAAUCUUAAUCUUACAUAUAAGUCUUUAAUGAGGAUGCCUCUCAAAGCUUCGACUUCCAUCAUUAACUUUUUAAGCAUGUAAGCCAAUCACAUCUGUCUCAAAUAUUCUACUUUUUUUAACGUUCAUAUCAGCGAGAUUUGGCCUCUCACGCCUACCCUACAACGUCAUUCUAAAAAUAAACAAUUGCAUCAUUGAAACCGUGAAACUAUAAGAUUAUAGGAAGAGAUGUGGCUGUGUGGUAAGAAGCUGGUCAAGGUGGUGCUGGCAUUGGCCACGUUCAGAUGGUGCUUUUUACAUGCCGCCGGCACGGGAACCAGUCAGGCGGGCCUGGCAUCGAUCACGUUCGGAUGGUGCUUUUUACCGGCACAGGAGCUAGUCAGGCAGACCUGGCACUGACCACAUGUAUAUAUAUGUGUGUCUAUAUAUUAUUUUUGCACUAUAUAUGUAUAAAAUAGCCAUCCCUGUAUCAUACUCAAUGUAUAAAUGUAUAUACAGUGUCAACAGUCAAAUUACUGAGGUAUUUGUCUUGAUAUAACAACUCUUAUAGAUGUCAAACUCUCUUUUCACCAAGUGUCAAGCUAAUACAUUCCUUGUGCACAUGUUCUUGUCCGUUAAUUCUAUUCAUUUAUUUGAAUUGACUAAACACACACGGUGAGUCAAAAGUGACACACCAAAAUAUUUGGUAUUUUAUUUAUAUUACGUUAUUAAUCAUUUUGUUUAUCAUGUACAAGAAUGUGUGUAGUCAUCAUUAUUUUAUUUAUGUUAGUCAAUUUGAAAAAAAAAAUGAGGCAUGUCCUUGACAAUUUCAGAUCAUAUUGAAGUUAUUUUGUGCAUGACUUUUGGCCCACCAGCCAUCUGUCUGUCUGUCUAUCUAUCUAUGUAUGUAUGUAUGUCUGCCUAUCUGUCUGUCUACCUAUCUAUCUGUCUACCUGUGUGUCUAUCUAUAUAUCUAUCUAUCUACUUAUCUGUCUAUUUAUCUAUCUAUAUAUCUAUCUAUCUAUUUAUCUAUCUAUCUAUAUAUAUAUAUAUAUAUAUAUACACACGUGCACACACACAUGGAUGUAUGUGUAUAUAUAGGUGUGUGUGUGUUUUGAUCAGAAAGCAGGAUGUUGUAAUUACAUGUUUCAUAAUUUAAUUUGACUAAAGAUAAACAUGAGGGUUGUUAUGUGUGUGUGUGUGUGUGUAUAUGAGUGUUGGUAGGUAGUUAUGUAUGUAUGCGCAUGCGUGUGUAUGUAAAUUGUUACAUAUAUAAAAUAAGUUGGGGGGGUUUUUUCCUUUCUAUUUAUAAAAACAUGGCUAAUGUUUGCUUUGAGACAAAUUUGUUUAGUUUUAACUCUAUCUACACAGCCUACCCUGGUGAUGAAGAUGACUCUGAAUGUAUAAAAGUGCGCAAUAUCUAACACAAGCACAAAUAUAUAUGUCUAUGUAUGUAUAAGUAAUAAUGUUAUCUUCUAAACGUGUGUAUAUAUAUCUAAGGCAUGUAUAAAUAAUAUAUGUAAAAAUGUAUGUGUAAAUCUCUAUGUAUCCUUCUAAAUAUUUUUUUUGUGUUGAAUAAUAAAUAUAUAUAUCUAUAAAGAAUUUACAACAUUUACAAAAACUAAA